GGAGGCCUUACAAAGUUUGAUCGAUUUCUGGUGCUCGUUAUUUCUUAUGAAUUGUGACGCAUCUCAUUAAUCUCAUAUCAGGCAAGACGAACUACUCUUCCGUAAGAAACCGGAUUACCAGCAUGCGCAAUGCCCAGGAGCGCUUCCGUAACAUGCGUUUAGUGGAGGAAUAUGAUACACAUGAUCCGAAAGGACAUCAAUCAGUGGUAUUGCCUUUUCUUAUGAAGAGGACUAAAGUUGUUGAGAUUGUGGCUGCACAAGAUAUCGUCUUUGCUCUUAAUCACUCAGGUGUUUGUGCAUUUUUUAGCCGAGAAACAAAUGAGAGGAUAUGUUUUUUGAACGUGACCCCCGAUGAAGUCAUUCGAAGUUUGUUCUACAAUAAGAACAAUGACUCGCUCAUUACAGUUUCAGUCUAUGCUUCAGACAACUUCAGCUCCUUGAAAUGCAGAUCAACUAGGAUUGAAUAUAUCAGGAGGGGUCAACCUGAUGCUGGAUUUGCUCUCUUCGAAUCCGAAUCAUUGAAAUGGCCUGGGUUUGUGGAGUUUGAUGAUGUCAAUGGAAAGGUCCUCACAUACUCUGCAGAGAAUAACGUAUACAAGGUUUUUGACUUGAAGAAUUAUACAAUGCUAUACUCAAUAUCUGAUGAACAUGUGCAAGAAAUCAAGAUUAGUCCAGGUAUUAUGUUAUUGAUUUUCGAAAGAGCCAGCAGCCAUGUCCCUCUGAAGAUCCUGUCAAUAGAGGAUGGCACAGUGCUCAAAGCCUUCAACCAUCUACUUCAUCGCAAUAAGAAGGUGGACUUCAUUGAACAAUUCAAUGAGAAGCUUCUUGUCAAGCAGGAGAAUGAAAAUCUCCAGAUUCUUGAUGUUCGCAAUGCUGAGCUUAUGGAAGUCAGUAGGACAGAGUUCAUGACUCCAUCAGCCUUUAUCUUCCUCUACGAGAACCAGUUGUUCUUGACAUUUAGGAACCGGAUGGUCUCUGUUUGGAACUUCCGAGGGGAGCUUGUAACAUCAUUCGAGGAUCACCUUCUGUGGCACCCUGACUGCAACAGAAAUAACAUUUAUAUAACAAGUGACCAGGAUCUCAUUAUAUCCUACUGCAAAGCUGAUCCAGAUGAUAAGUGGACUGAGACUGAGGGAAAUGCGGGCUCUAUCAACAUCAGCAAUAUCCUGACGGGCGAAUGCCUAGCAAAGAUUACCGUGGCAAAUGGUGGCAGCCCCGACUGCCAGAGUCGCAGUGGAAAUGGCGGAGGCAGCGGUUGCAAAAAACAGAGACGCUCGCAGGUGAAGGGGAAAUUUCGCCUUGUAAAUUUAUGUUCGCAGAGGAAAUACAAGAACAGAAAACUGGUCCGUGAGAUAUAUGGCAGAUCCGAUCCAACACGAUCACAAAGCCCAUGACCAUCUCGGCAUUGAACCCGGGCAUAAUUGCUAGGAUGAAGACAUGUUCAAGAUGGCAACACCGCUGUUCUUGACCCUCUUCCAAGUUAUCCUCGCCACAACAUUGCCACUGGAGCUACGGGUGCAGCCCUUUCGCCUCUCGAACGAUCCCUCGAUUGUGAAGCCAGAUGUUCGGCUGGUUCUGGUCCGGAGGUAGGGUCUCCUCUCAGGAACACCUCCGCAUCGUCCUUUGAGCUGUGGACGAGAUGGCGGGAGCAUCUCCUAGCUGAGAACACACACAGCUUUCUUAGGUUCUCUCCCGAUCUGCUGCAGCCCUAGCUCUUUCCUCUGUAUGUAUUCCAUAAGCUUUGAGUUCUCCACAUCUGGUCGAUAAUUCGGAAGUUUUCUUAAUCAAAACAGACUCGAAAUGGUUUAAAGUACUUCUUAAUCAGUUCUUAAUACGAAUCGAUAUGGUUCCAUUUAAGU